CCUCCUCCUCCUCCUCCUCCCUCCUCCUCACCACCCCGUCUGUCUCAGGCUCGGCGUCCGUGCAAGAAUCGUGGAGCAAACACCGCCGGCAGAGCCGGGUGCCCAGGGGUGCGGCCAAUGAUGCUGACAGGGAGCUGCGGAGACCCCCAGGAGCAGCCACAGGUGACCUGGGACUCAGGACCCAAGAGCUUGGGGCUUGAGGGACCAGGGACAGCGGGGCCGCUGCCGGCGACCCUGCCGCCCACCCUGCCGCCCACACCCAAUGGCAGCUGGCCGGGCCAGGACUUCGGAGGGCAGUGGCCAGAGAGCCCAGAGAAGUCCCCGUGUGUGGCUGGCACCGUAGCAGUCAUCUACUACAGCGUCCUGCUGGGCCUGGGGCUGCCUGUCAACCUGCUGACCACAGUGGCCCUGGCCCGUCUCGUCGCCAGAACCAAGAAGCCCUCCUACUACUACCUCCUGGCACUCACGGCCGCGGACGUCGUGACGCAGGUGGUCAUCGUCUUCAUGGGCUUCCUCCUGCAGGGGGCCGUGCUGGCCCGCCAGGUGCCGCGGGCCGUGGUGCGCACCGCUAACAUCCUGGAGUUCGCCACCAACCACGCCUCCGUCUGGGUCGCUGUCCUGCUCACACUUGACCGCUACAACGCCCUGUGCCGCCCCCUGCACCAUCGCGCCAACUCCACCCCGGGCCGCACCCGUCGGGCCAUCGCCGCUGUCUUCAGCGCCGCCCUGCUGACGGGGAUCCCCUUCUACUGGUGGCUGGACGUGUGGCGGGACACAGAGCCCCGCAGCACCCUGGACGAGGUCCUCAAGUGGGCUCACUGCCUCACUGUCUACUUCAUCCCCUGUGGCGUGUUCCUGGUCACCAACUCCGCCAUCAUCUGCCAGCUGCGGCGGAGGGGCCAGAGUGGGCUUCAGCCCCGGGUGGGCAAGAGCACGGCCAUCCUCCUGGGCAUCACCUCGCUCUUCGCCCUCCUCUGGGCUCCCCGCAUCAUCGUCAUGCUCUAUCACCUGUACGUGGCCCCCGUCCACCGGGACUGGAGGGUGCACCUGGCCUUGGACGUGGCCAACAUGGCGGCCAUGCUCAACACAGUCGUCAACUUUGGCCUCUACUGCUUUGUCAGCAAGACUUUCCGGGCCACUGUGCAGCAGGUCAUCCGUGAUGCCUACCUGCUCUGCACCCUGGGGUCGCGGCCAGAAGGGGUGGGGGUGGGGCCUGUGCUGAAGCUUCCUGAACUCCCCAAGGGGGCAGAACUGUAGAGGAGGGAACCCAACCAGGGGUCUGGAGGGGCUCAGGGCCACAUGCACGGGGCCUUGGAUGUUGUGCCCAACAAAACCUCAUCCGCAGCCUGCUUUGUAAUCGUGGGGUGGGGGAGUUUCUUCCUCUGGAUUCCAGGUAGAGAGGAGGGCAACUUAGCCCAUUCAUAUGUUUACUCCCCCAGAAAGUCCCACUUCCUGGGGAAGGGGGAUGUUAUGCUGGGUACUGAUGAAUGGCACUGGCUGCUGUGGGCGUUCUCUUGUGAGGGGCGUUUCUCCGGGUGUGUGAUGAG